UUGAGUCUCGUGACUCGGCACCACCACGCGGCCUCCACGAAGAAUAAAAUCGUGUGCAAGUAUUUUCCAAAUAUUCAUUAUUCCCCAGUGAAUAAUUAAUUUAUUAACGCGCGUGAGGGGUGACACCAGUAGCCAUGGAUGCAGAGGCAUUCCUGGACAUGGCCAAUCAGGUCAUAAAACUCAAAAUGUUUCCUUAUUUCGAUAUUGCACACGAUGUUCUAAGUGCACUGCAAGUUAGAGAGGAUUUGGGACCCGGCGCCCAAGCAUUCUCGCGGAAACAUCCGCUGUCAUGCUGGCUCUCAACGAUGCUCGUGGUAUUUGCUGGAGGAAUGUUAUGCAAUGGAUUACUUGGAGAACCGAUACUUGCACCCUUAAAAAAUACCCAACAAGUGCUAUUAGCGACCGCAGUCUGGUAUUUUAUUUUCUACAUGCCGUUCGAUAUCGGAUACAAAUUAGCGAAAUUUCUUCCUAUUAAAAUAGUCUGCUCUGCCAUGAAAGAAAUUUACAGGUGUAAGAAAGUCUAUGAUGGUGUAACACACGCUGCCAAACUCUACCCUAACGCAUACCUCAUUAUGAUUUUAAUUGGAACACUUAAAGGCAAUGGAGCUGGUUUCACGAAAUUAUUUGAACGUCUUAUUCGAGGAGUCUGGACUCCAACAGCAAUGGAAUUCAUGCAGCCAAGUCCCUAUACCAAGGCAUCCCUCGUAGCCUCGAUUAUUUUCGUUCUGGACAAAAAGACUGACAUAAUUUCAGCACCCCAUGCACUCGUAUACUUUGGAAUAGUCAUAUUCUUUGUAUACUUCAAAUUAUCAUCAAUUCUUCUCAAUAUUCACGAUCCUUUCAUCCCCUUCGAGAACCUGUUCGGUAAUUUAUUUCUGGGUGGAUUGAUCGACUGGAUGGCAAAAUUCUCGGGUCGUGGUCAAGCAAAGGACGAGAAAACUGACGCCAAAAAAACUAAUUAAGCUCAUCACAUCACACCUCUGGGAUUGGAUUCUAGUCAAGAUCUGAGUAUUUCAUCAACGACUGUGGUGUCUAUCGAAGAUUGCCAAUAAAAAUCGAACUUCAAACCAAAAAGCAGACGAAGUUGACAGUAUUAUGCCAACGAAACGAGAGAAACAUCAAGUCACACGAAUGAUAUCAUGAUUUUAACAAUUUUUAAAAAGAAAACGUUCUUGCCAAUAUACGAAAUAUCCUAGUCUACUUAGAAAUCCUGAAAAAGCAUGAGAAUCAACAACCUUCCGAAUUUACGUAGAAAUCACCAAGAAGGGGAAUUAAAUAUUUUUAUAUACUCGUGCGAUGAGAUUUUUGGCAUUUUUUAUAUCUCCAUCGAGGAGAUUAGCUUAAAUUUCAACCUAAAAUUCAUGUAAAUAAGGCUAAUGAUGAAUCAGUACGUCCUUCCAAUCAUUAUAUAUCCAUUUUUGCAUUGCAAUC